CCUCAGCCCUGCUGAGCUAAUGAUGCUGACCAUAGGAGAUGUUAUCAGACAACUCAUUGAAGCCCACGAGCAGGGGAAAGACAUCGACCUCAACAAGGUGAAAACCAGGACAGCUGCCAAAUACGGCCUUUCAGCACAGCCCCGCCUGGUGGACCUCAUUGCUGCGGUCCCACCCCAGUAUCGCAAGGUCUUGGUGCCCAAGUUAAAGGCAAAACCCAUCAGAACUGCCAGUGGGAUCGCGGUUGUGGCUGUGAUGUGCAAGCCCCACCGGUGUCCACACAUCAGUUUUACAGGAAACAUAUGUGUGUACUGCCCCGGCGGCCCCGAUUCCGACUUCGAGUAUUCUACCCAGUCCUACACGGGAUAUGAGCCAACCUCCAUGCGAGCCAUCCGUGCUAGAUACGACCCUUACCUGCAGACAAGACAGCGAAUAGAGCAGCGCGAGCCUCCCGUUCCGGCGCAGCACUGCCUGGAAUUCAUGUUCACGUGCAUGCGAGGGAGGGGUCGAGGCUUCUUUGCCCCGUAUGGGUAUUCUGAGAGGAGCCUCACAAAGUGCAUCGGCAUCACUAUUGAGACCAGACCAGAUUAUUGCAUGAAGCGGCAUUUAAGUGACAUGUUGACCUACGGUUGCACCAGACUGGAGAUUGGGGUGCAGAGUGUCUACGAAGAUGUGGCCAGGGACACCAACAGGGGCCACACCGUGAAAGCCGUGUGCGAGUCCUUUCACCUGGCCAAAGACGCCGGUUUCAAAGUCGUGGCUCACAUGAUGCCUGACCUGCCGAACGUGGGGCUGGAGCGGGACAUCGAGCAGUUCACGGAACUCUUUGAGAACCCUGCUUUCCGUCCCGAUGGGCUGAAGCUCUACCCUACCUUAGUGAUUCGUGGGACCGGACUGUAUGAGCUGUGGCGGUCUGGAAGAUACAAGAGUUACUCUCCCAGUGACCUGGUGGAGCUGGUGGCUCGGAUCCUGGCCCUCGUGCCUCCGUGGACGCGCGUGUACCGAGUGCAGAGAGAUAUUCCAAUGCCCUUAGUCACCUCAGGAGUAGAACACGGUAACCUGAGAGAGCUGGCGUUUGCAAGAAUGAAGGACCUUGGCAUCCAGUGUCGUGAUGUGAGAACCAGGGAGGUUGGAAUCCAAGAAAUCCAUCACAAAGUGCGACCAUACCAGGUAGAGCUGGUGAGGAGAGAUUAUGUUGCAAAUGGCGGCUGGGAGACAUUCUUGUCCUAUGAAGACCCCGAUCAGGACAUCCUGAUCGGCCUCCUGCGUCUGCGCAAGUGCUCGGAGGAGACCUUCCGCUUCGAGCUGGUCGGAGGCGUUUCCAUUGUCCGCGAGCUGCACGUGUACGGCAGCGUCGUCCCUGUGAGCAGCCGUGACCCCACCAAGUUCCAGCAUCAGGGAUUCGGCAUGCUGCUGAUGGAAGAAGCAGAAAGGAUAGCGAGAGACGAACAUGGAUCAGGGAAAAUUGCUGUUAUAUCAGGGGUCGGCACCAGGAACUACUACAGAAAGAUGGGCUACCGGCUGCAGGGCCCGUACAUGGUCAAGACGCUGAAGUAGCGGCCGCCCGGCCCGGUCCCUGGCCGAAGAGACGGGCUCCCGUGUGCCGCAGAGGCUGCGCCCACCCCACUGCCCGCCGAGUCGGGGCGGCUCCCACAUUCCGCACGAGGCCUGCAGGUGACCGCUUGGACCUGGACACGGUGACAGGCCCAGUUCAUCAGCCCGCGUGGACACCGUCACUCACAGCUGUUGCCGUUGGGGGCAUGCACUUGGGAGAAGAUCCACAGGCCGUGGGGACCCUGCUGUGACCGCACGUGCCUCCCGGCGCACGUUACAGAGACGCGCCCCUCUGGUCACUGCUGACGACGGAAGGGGGGGGCAGUUAGGGCCCACGCACCACACUGGCCACAGCACACCCUCGUUCCCCUCUGAUUCCCACCCCGGACAAUCAGAUUGGCGUGGGCAGCGCCAGGCAGAGCUUGAGUCAGCGUUUGCUGCCAGCCCCUCCCCGCCUGUCCCCCUGGAGAAAGGUAAGACAAGCCGCUCGCGAAAACAAAGGCCGUGGACAGAGCUAGGCGCGAGAGCAGAUUGCCUGCUCAGAGGCCCGCCGCGUAGCCAGCUGCCCGGCGAGCUCGGAGGCGUGACCCGUCAGUGCCGCGCGUUCCGCCAGGCUUGUGGAAUAAAGUCUCCAGCACA